AUGACCUGGUGGCCCUUCUCAAGUGGCAGCGUGGACGCCAAAGCACAGCCUCAAUCACAACCGCAAACAUUAUCGCAAUCAGCACCACAACUCCAGCCUCACGAGGCUCUGUCAGGCUCAGUGCCACACUCAAUACCUCCUUCCAGCUCGGCAUCGAGCCCACCUACACACCCCGACACCGCACCCCACGACCACGACCCCGACUUCUAUGCCGCCCACCCCCAUCUCGCCCCUCCCUCCUUCUCCACAACCACAAACUCCAGCACUCAGACCCCCUCCCCCUCCCCCUUCCCCUCCAACGAAAACGACGAACUCGACCCCCACCUCCCGCGCACAAUGUCCUGCCGCGCCGCCUUCGACUCAGCCUUCUACUGCUCCUCACUCGGCGGCCAUUUCAACGACAUAUACCGCUACGGCCAGCUGCGCUCGUGUAGCGACCACUGGAACGACUUCUGGUUCUGCAUGCGUGUUAAGAAUAGCUAUAGUGGGCGCGACGUCAAGGAGCGCAUGGUGCAGGAGAGGUAUAGGGAGAAGGAAGACAAGCUGAGGAAGGGUCCGAGUAGUGAGGAUGUGUGGAGGUUAAGGGGGGAGGAUGAGAGGGUAGUUGGCGCGUUUGGCAUGGGGAAGAGGGAGUCGUGA